ACAACAAAUAUUUAGACAGAGAUAGAGCUACAUAAUUUCGUAUUACAAAACGUAGAAAGCGUGUAAAAAUUGUAAAUCCUGUGUUCAAAAUUAAUCAAACAAACUAAACUGGCUGUUAAAAACAAGAAAAUAAACGGACGGGCAGGUGUCUGCGAAUUUCCUUUACAGAUAAAUUUCUUUGCUGGCCAGGGAAAGAGAAAAGUGAUUGCGAAAUAAAUGAAAAAAACAAACACGAACUUUAUAACACAGGCGAUAUAAAGGAGGCCAACGGCCAUCGGCCACAAGCCCGUAUCAGUAAAAGUGCGUCAACCUACGGGGCGUAUGGCGGAAAUCUUUGCAGCAGCAUUCAACAAAGGCAACGGCUUCUAUUGAGAAAGAAAACUCAUUUGGAAAAUGUGCUGACCUCCAGAGUGAAGCACUUUCUGCUGCUUCUCUGUCUGAAGUUGUGUCUUCUCCUGUGCAAAACUAUAUCUCAAAAGGAAUAUCUCUCCCUUCAUCAUCAAUCGCCUAUACAAGUGUCAUCAUGUCAUUCUCGGAUUUCGAUGCCAUUUAUGAGGAUGAACAGCUUGACGAAUCGGAACAUUUUCAGGAUCAAACAGUGGCGCCAGUGCCCGAACCCAUUAUCAUACGAGGUGCCGGCAAUAUGACUGUCUUCGGUCUGAGCAAUCGCUUCAACACAGAGUUUCCGUGUGGCCUGUUAUCACGGGUAGCUCCCGAGGAGUUCAAGGCAACCGUUGGACGUAUCAAUGGUGUAUUAAAAAAAACCCUGCCCGUUAAUGUCAAGUGGCUAUUCUGUGGAUGCGUUUGCUGCUGCUGUACGCUGGGCUGUUCCCUUUGGCCGGUCAUCUGCCUUAGCAAGCGUACACAAUUAACACUGGAUAAACUAUUCGAAUGGGAGAAUAAUCAUCUAUAUCAUAAGCUGGGCCUACACUGGCGACUGCAUAAGCAACAAUGUGAUUCCAAUUCCAUGAUGGAGUAUGUUAUUUUAAUUGAAUUUAUACCCAAAACACCAAUUUAUAGGCCCGAUUAGAAUGCAAGCCAGUUGCUUAUGGGUAUAUUGGUGUGAACUGGGUCAGGGCGGGGGAUCAUCUUAAUGGUAAUUGUAAAAUAAAAUACUAGUUGCUAAUAA